UAAUCUAAGUAGAUAUCAGCUAUGGACCCAAAUAGACGAAAAGAGCAGAAAAAGAAAGAGAGCACAAAGAACGGAAGUCCGGUUUUACUGAACAGGUCGAGUCUCACUUCAAGACUCAGCACGGCCUCAACUGAAGUUAAAGGAAUCAGUCGGAAGGAGUUUAAACCGACCAUUCCCGCCCGGCGUAAGAAACACUCUGCCAACCCCGCUAAAUCUGAACCACUACACCCCCCACCUACCACCACAGACAAGACAGUUACGUUCGAUCAGCGGCUCAAGGAGAGAUUAGCCGGGAAACCUAAUACUCCUGAAUCCAAAGACCGGCCAAAAGGAAAAUUCAGAAAAGAGUACAUACGGUCUUCAACUGGACUGUUUGGUGGAAACGAAGCGAAAUUAGAAACAGAUGAUCCUUUCGCUUCAGCCAGAACAGUAGCGGAGUUAGAAGAAGAGAAAUAUGUGGACCCCUUCCUCCAGAGCACUAACGAACUGACUCCCGUUACGCUACCUAUCAACCCUAGAAUAGACAGCAAAAGCAAACUAUCUGUUGGUAAGAAGGACACAGCAGUAUCAGACUCCCAUCAAGAGACCACAGUGGCAGAACUCCUCUACCGACCUCCUGAAGAUACCACUGAGAGCACCUACCUGUUCAACUUACCGGACCUUUUUCCUGUUGACAUGUCGAAGUUGGAUCUAGACGAUAAAGGAGAACAAGCCGACAGAAAAGCAACAAUACACGAGUUACCAGAGGGUUACCUGGGGAGACUGCAGAUACUGAAGUCUGGCAGAGCGAGACUGAUGGUCGGAGACGUUCCCUUUGAUGUUAACCUUAAUUCAAAAUCAGGAUUUCUUCAGGAGAUACUAUGCUGCCAGACUCAAGCUCUAGAUCGUGGUAUUGUUGCCAACAUUGGUACUGUACCGUACGCUCUCUCCGUCUCUCCAGAGUUUGAUCAACUCAUCACGUGAAGAAACAAGAAUACGCCCCCUUUAUCAAAACAUCUCAGUAUACAGAAUGGAGAAUGUAUUGAACCGAGCCGACUCCAGAAUAACACGCAUGCGUGGAUGAAAACUGUAAAAAAUCUGUCUGAACAAAAGAAGGCUCUGCACUAUAUUCUAGUGAGAAUGUAUUUGAUUAAUUAAGAUGCUGACCUCUUGGUCGUGAUUGGGACUUUAGUACGGCCAGCUAAAGAAUAAUAAGCGGUUUCACGUGACAAUUAUUUCAUAUAUAGAUUAUAGGAGGAGUGUGGAUACCCCAGUUGUGGUUGUCAUGUGAUUCCAGCAACCGGACCACCAAUCAUGUGUAUACGAAGGACUAUCUUCCGUUUAACUUCAUGUUUUUUCUUUUAUUAACUUAUUAACUUAUUACCCUUUUAUCCUUGAACGGCAACAGAAUUUUAUUUAAGCUUUAAAGCGCAAUUUGAUGCUUUAUUUUAUUUUAUAAUCAGUUUAAUCAGCUGAGGAGUUACACGUG